CCCUUUUUAUCCUUUCCUUCUCAUCUUUUGAAAUAUUUCUACGCUCUCCCCCAUUUUUUGAAUUAAGGUUUUCUGUUCUUCUUCCUUAUUUCUGCUUUCAACCCUACUCGCUCCGAUCCCGUUUCUUACUAGCCGUUGUUCCCUUUUUUCCCGCCAAAUUUCUCCUCCAUCUGGGGUCCCUCCCUCCUUUUCAAAUACCAGCCGUUAGAUCGGUCUUCAUUCGCUCCCUUUUUCUUUUUUGGUGUCAAAGCUUUGAACUUUCUGUAGCCUGGAAAUGUCAACGAACGAAGCGGAGAAGAAGGUGGAGGAUGAUGAGGAAGAGAAGAAGAAAGGAGGAGAGCUCUUGUUCUGUGGCUCCACGCGUUGGGAAGCCGUUGGUCGUCGCAAAGGUGUACUUGAAGGCAACUUAGUGUCUCCCACUCGCCUUCGCCCUCUCGUCGGCGUUGAUAUACGGUUCGUUGCCUCCGGUUGCGUGUCAUGUCAUUGCGUUGCAUUGGAUGUUGAAGGGCGAUGCUACACGUGGGGUCGUAAUGAGAAAGGGCAGCUGGGUCAUGGAGAUACAAUCCAGCGUGAUAGGCCAACUAUUGUUUCUGAACUCUUAAAGUAUAAAAUAAUCAAAGCAGGAGCGGGAAGGAGCCACACGGUGGUAGUUACUGAAGAUGGUAAUUCCCUGGCAUUUGGCUGGAAUAAGCAUGGGCAGCUUGGUUCAGGAUCUACUAGAAAUGAAAUUGAGUCAUCUCCUGUCCGCUGUCUCGUGUCUCAAGUUACAAAUACUGCCUGUGGAGCUGAAUUCACCGUGUGGUUAUCAUCUACUGAAGGAGCUUCGAUACUAACUGCAGGGCUUCCCCAGUAUGGCCAGCUUGGUCAUGGAACAGACAACGAGUAUAAUGCCAAGGAUAGCUCGGUGAGGCUUGUUUAUGAAUCUCAACCUCGCCCUAGAGCUAUAGCUACUCUUUCUGGGGAAACUAUUAUCAAAGUUGCCUGUGGAACAAACCAUACAGUUGCUGUGGACACAAAUGGCUUUGUUUACACGUGGGGCUUUGGCGGUUAUGGAAGGCUUGGGCACAGAGAGCAGAAGGAUGAGUGGGUUCCUCGUCGUGUUGAAGUAUUCCAAAAGCACAAUGUUCUUCCUCCCAAUGCAGUUGUUUCAGCUGGUUCUGUCAAUUCAGCAUGCACUGCAGGCGGUGGGCAAUUGUAUAUGUGGGGCAAACUAAAGAAUACUGGCGAUGACUGGAUGUAUCCCAAACCUCUAAUGGAUUUAAGUGGCUGGAAUUUACGUUGCAUGGAUUCAGGCAAUAUGUUCCAUUUUGUUGGUGCGGACUCCUCCUGCAUAAGUUGGGGCCACGCUCAGUAUGGAGAAUUAGGAUAUGGUCCCACUGGACAAAAGUCUUCCGCUAUACCCAAAAAGGUAGACAUUCUGGAGGGCAUGCAUGUUAUCAGUGUUGCUUGUGGUAUGGGCCACUCGAUGGUCAUUGUUGAUAGAACAAAUGUUGGUGACCGGCUUGACCAGUUGGAAAUUUAUGAUGGCAAAGGUUCUGAUGAAGGGACUGCGGUAUCGGAUACCAAAACUUCAGUUCUUAAGCAAAACAACAAAAAUGGUGCUAGUAAAACUCCAACUUCCUCAAAGAAGAAGAAGAAGGCGAAAGAUGAAUCUGAAACAGAGGAAGAAGAGAAUAGUGAUGUCGAGAGUGACAGCAGUGGAGGACACAUCAAUGGUGAGGUUUCUGACAGAGGCCGAGGUAAGGGUGCCAAGAAGUCUGCUUCAGUGGGAAAAGGUAAAGGGCGUGGACAAGGUAAUGUUCGUGCAAACAAAAGUUCGCAGUCCUCCCAAGGAAAAACAAGCAAGAGAGGACGGCUGCGGAAAGUGUAAGUGUUUGUAUAUUCUCAGUCCCAUUGGGAAGUUUUGUUCUCUCCAUGUAGAGAAGUGUACUAUUUUUUAAAAAAUACAUUGGUCACUGUAUUUGCAUUUUCAACUAGAGUUAUUUUCAUUAAGUUAGAUCUUCGGCCCCCAAAACUUUGUGAUCACCUGGUGAAAUGAAUGCGCCUGAAGUACAACUUUGUAUUGUUUUGUUUGCGAUGAUCAGUCAUUAAGCAGUGAGAAUUUCGUUUUAA